AUGCCGAAGAAGAAAGAUAAGAAGAGCGUCGACAAACAAGAUGAGAAGAGGCAAGCACCGAGAAAGGGGGCUCUCGAGCCCCCCAGAGAUAAAACGGUUCCUGACGAUAGAGAAAAGGACUUAUAUUUGAUCCAAAUACAAUAUUUGAACGAGCAGUUGGAGGGAUAUCAGGUGAAAUGUGAUCAACUAGAGAGAGAGAAGAACGACUUCAGCUCUCAGUGCAUCUUGUUGAAGAAGGAGAAGAAAGACAUAGUUGAGUAUCUGAAACACUCCCUGCUGGAAAAGGAGGAGGAGGUGGAUGAGCUAACAGAGCGCAUGGAGAGUCAGCAACAUGCUGCAGAUCGGGACAGAGACAACCUCCAGCAGCAAAACAGUCAGCUGAGGAAAGAGCUCCAAGACAAGAUCAGAGAGCUCACUGCAGAAAACAAGACACUUGUUUCAAGGCUGGAUAGUCUAGAUGAGUUUGAGAAGCAGAGGGAGCAGCUGAAGUCCAACAUGGAGUCUCUGGAGAAGCAGCUGACCAGCCAGGAGGAGGAUCAUAAAGAUGACAUUCACAGCCUGGAGAUGAAAGCACUAAUGGAGAAGAAAAGGCUAGAGGAGGAGAUGGAGAAGCAUGUUGCAGCCAUGGCUGCAGAUGUGCAACACCAAGUAGAGCAAAAGGUCCCAGAGACGACCAGGUUGGUCCUUAAGGAGAACACAGAGUUUAAGGCUCAGAUCUCUCAGCUGUCUGUGCACAUGCAGGUCCUGAUGGUGGAGAACUCUGCUCUGCAGGAACGUAAGAACCGUCUGAGAGCGGAUGUUGAAAACCUGGAUCAAAUGGUCAAGGAGACGUGCCGCCAGAACUGUAUCCUCAAGAGAGUGGUGGAGCAGCUCACAGAAAAAUGUCAGCAGUUGCAGGCAGAGCUGAAAGAGCGCAGCCAUGAACUGGAGCAGAUUCAGACUGAACACACAGGAGUCCAGGCUGAGAUGAAGACACUCAGACAGGAACAGGCCACACUGACAGAGCAGUGCAGUAAAAACAGAGACGAGAUGAGCCAACUGAAAGAUGAGCUGCAGGAGGAGAGAAGGAAGAGGAGCAGGAUGAAGGGCACCAUAGAGGAGGCAGCUGUCAUGCUCAAAGAAGCCCUGACGGAUUCCUCCACUGAGCAGGACCCUGAGGUGGACUCUGAGGUCCAGUGGAAGCAGCUGAUGCAGAAGUUGCUACUGGUUUUGGAAAGUCCGAAACUCAACAAGCUCACUGCUAAGAGCAACCAGCUGAAUGGGCAGCAGACAUCUGACCAUACAGGGACCAGGAAGCUCCCAGGACAGAAAAAAGCUGGCUCCUUUGACCCACUUCAUCCAGCUGACAGGCUUCUGACCUCCAAAAAUACAUUCACAAAAAUCAAAUAACACCACCUGAACUACUUUUAUCAUGUUUUUUCUUAAAGUUAGACUACCUGCAUUCACCUUGU